AGGAUAUCUGACUGUUGGCUAUAAAGCCCGCUCCACUGCUCUUUGUUUGUUACAACCUGACGGAACCCGGAAGACUCUGAUACGUACACCGGUGGAAAUCAUUUGUUUUGUCAAAAUGCAGAUCUUUGUGAAGACCCUCACUGGCAAGACCAUCACCCUGGAGGUGGAGCCCAGCGACUCCAUUGAGAACGUCAAGGCCAAGAUCCAGGAUAAGGAGGGGAUCCCCCCAGACCAGCAGAGGCUGAUCUUUGCUGGCAAGCAGCUCGAGGAUGGCCGCACCCUCUCUGACUACAACAUCCAGAAGGAGUCCACCCUCCAUCUUGUGCUCCGUCUCCGUGGAGGCAUGCAGAUCUUUGUGAAGACUCUCACCGGCAAGACCAUCACCCUGGAGGUGGAGCCCAGUGACUCCAUUGAGAACGUCAAGGCCAAGAUCCAGGAUAAGGAGGGGAUCCCCCCAGACCAGCAGAGGCUGAUCUUUGCUGGCAAGCAGCUCGAGGAUGGCCGCACCCUCUCUGACUACAACAUCCAGAAGGAGUCCACCCUCCACCUGGUCUUGCGUCUCCGUGGAGGCAUGCAGAUCUUUGUGAAGACCCUCACCGGCAAGACCAUCACCCUGGAGGUUGAGCCCAGCGACACCAUUGAGAACGUGAAGGCCAAGAUCCAGGAUAAGGAGGGGAUCCCUCCAGACCAGCAGAGGCUGAUCUUUGCCGGCAAGCAGCUGGAAGAUGGCCGCACCCUCUCUGACUACAACAUCCAGAAGGAGUCCACCCUCCAUCUUGUGCUCCGUCUCCGUGGAGGCAUGCAGAUCUUCGUGAAGACCCUCACCGGCAAGACCAUCACCCUGGAGGUGGAGCCCAGCGACUCCAUUGAGAACGUCAAGGCCAAGAUCCAGGAUAAGGAGGGGAUCCCUCCAGACCAGCAGAGGCUGAUCUUUGCUGGCAAGCAGCUGGAAGAUGGCCGCACCCUCCUGACUACAACAUCCAGAAGGAGUCCACCCUCCAUCUUGUGCUCCGUCUCCGUGGCGGAAACUGAUCUGUUCCAGCUUGAAGAUGUCUCCGUAUAACCACCAUCUUUAUUCCAGUAUUGAAGGGGGGAAAUCCCUUGUGCUCCAGUCAUUCCUUAUUUUUAAAGUUUAAAUAAAGGUUGAGCGUUCCUGACUUUUGCUUUGUUAAUUUCACUUUUUGCAUUUUGACUGCUUUAGCUGACAGGUUAGUGUUAAAUGUGGGUUUUUUUUGGGUUCCAGACUUUGAGUUGAGGCAUUUUUCAUCUGUAACAGAAAAUACACAAACGUGUUGAAGUGAUAAUUAGACUAAAUAAGUAUCUGCAUGGUAGAAGAAAUGUUCAGUGUGUUCAUAAAGACCUCCUGAGAGGAGCCUCGAUUGAAAUGAUGCUGUUUAAAAUGAUAACUAAUAAAAAGGAUUCUUACAUCA